AGAGGGGAAUGUGAACGUCUUCAGGCCUGGGUUUUAGAGGGGCUCCCAUUCCUGUCCCUGUCUCUUGGCUCACCUCCCCGAUCCUGUUUUUAUUUUUUUCUGAUCUCCCUCUUUUUUUCCCUUUGCCCCUUUUCCGAGGCUGGGUUGGACUCAAGUAAGGGAAGGGUUAACCAUGCCUCCCGCCUCCACUGUUCAAGGGGCCAGGGCAGGCCAUAGUGAAGGCACCCAGGGCAGCUGAAUGAAGGCAGGCAGGUUUCUGGAAGUGCCUUCUCGCUCCUGUCUGCUUUCCUAUCCUGAGAACAUUCUGUUGCUCUUUCCAAGCUGGUAGCCACAGUGGGGGCUGCGGCCUGUGGGCCCCACGGAAAUGUUCAGUGCUUGGGAUCGCCGGGACCGGCCCCCUGAGGAGGGGACAGCUGCAGGGCUCCAAGGCUUCGCUGUGGACAAGACCUUCCUCUCUUCCCUCAAAGGCAUCCUGCUGGAAACAGAGCUGGCCCUGACCUUCAUCAUCUUCAUCUGCUUCACGGCCUCCAUUUCUGCCUACAUGGCCGCGGCACUACUGGAGUUCUUCAUCACACUUGCCUUCCUCUUCCUCUAUGCCACCCAGUACUACCAGCGCUUCGAUCGGCUAAACUGGCCCUGCCUGGACUUCCUCCGCUGUAUCAGUGCCAUCAUCAUCUUCCUGGUGGUCUCUUUUGCUGCUGUGACCUCCCGGGAGGGAGCUGCCAUUGCUGCUUUUGUGUUUGGCAUCAUCCUGGUUUUUGUCUUUGCCUAUGAUGCCUUCAAGAUAUACCAGACUGAAAUGGCACCCAGGGCCACCCAGGGGGACCAGCAGUGACUCUGAAACCAGUCAGACACAGGGGACUGCAGAACCUAAACUCAGCCCUUUGUAUUCACGGACUGCCUGGACACGGUCCCCCAUGCCAUGCCUGAGAAGUCCCUGAGGAUGUAUCUGUGGAGCCUGCUGCUUUGGGGUCUGGCCUCUGAUGCAGUUCUGACCAGAGAAAAGGGGAGGAGGGAGGUGGAAAGAGAGGGGAGGGAGGUGGGAGGAGGGGCUCCAAGUCAUUCCCAUAUUAAAAGAUUCAAAUCCUGCCUUUGGGUCUUCUUCUCCCUUCAGACACUGGAGAGCAGGAAUGUAAGCACUGAUGCAAAUUCUGCCUGGAGUAGGUCACGGACCCCUCUGGGACCAGGUCUGAGCAGUGAGGCAGUGAUGGCUGGCCAGAGAGCUGAAGACACCCUGUAAGGCUGAACUUCUACAGCACAGCCUGAGGCCUCUGAGGAGGUAGAAAUUCUCAAAAUACUGUAUACAGCCCCACUGCGUGAUAUGCACUGCACCAUGCCCCCUGGGCCUGAAAAGGCACAGCUUUCUGAUGUCCAGAAGUGUGCACCCCUGCCCCUCACCUGAGCACACCUGUUAGUGGGCACAAACUGAGGUGCUUGUCUGGGGCAGGUGCAGAGCUCCUCCUGGUGGUGUAGGGAGGACUUGCCUGGGAUGUGGCAGCGGAGAGGGCAGUUGCACGAGGGAGAAAUUCCCCCAAAAGUUGUUGCUGUAAAGGCCCUUAGAAAUCAGUUGGUUCAGUGCCUUCAUUCUACAUAAGAGACAACUGGGGCUCAGUUAGGGCAAGUGUCUUCCUUAUUUGUGACACAGCUAGGAGUAUAAUCCCAAUCCCCUGUUAGCUCAACAGCUGGCCUGGAUACCGUGCUAAGUCCCAUUGUUGCUCAGAAUAUAAUGGCCCAGCCUUAUCUACAGCUCCUUCUUCCAGCUGCCCAGUUUCCCAGGCUGAAGCUGCUCAGCACACAUUUCCUGAGCAUCUCUGUGUGCUGAGCAGCUUGUUACCUGCAGACCCUGUGCUAGCCCUAGGGAUUCAGAGGUGACUGGCAGACCUGCCCCUGAGCCAUCAUGGGUUGAGAGAGAGACCAGCCAGUAAAAGGCUCCACAUGAUAAAAGUUGGGGGGAAGCUUUGUUCUGAGGGAAUUUGAAGCAGCUUUUGCCAGCCCUGCCUGGUCUGUGACAGUCCAGAACAGUCAGGACUUCUUGCCAACCCUGAGGAGUUCAGCAUGGCCCAGCUCAGUGGCUCUAUCCAAACUGAGCUGCUGUUCCCUCUCCAAGGCUUGUUGCUUCCCUCAAGCAUCAUCAUCCUUCCUUUGGGGUGUUCCUUCCAGUUGCAGGAUCUUGCCCCCAAACCUUGCCUGGAACCUGGAUCUUGAAGUCUGUGGUGGAGCUCUGCUCCUUUGGUGGUGACAGCUCGUCUCUUGGACUUCUGCCUCCCAUUUCCUGUUCUCAUAUUCUUGUGUCCAGGCUUCUCAUCAGAUCAGGCAGUUUCUCCUGGCAGGCUCUCCAGGGCCAGAAUCAACUGGAUUUCAUGUUUCUCUCAACUCUGCUCAUAGUUCCCAGGUUUGAUGCAUGGUUCAUUCUUACUUGGAGAGCAGGACAGUAUGGGCACUACUCAGAGGAGGGACAGAAGAGGUAGGUUCAUCGAGGGGAUCUGGGGAGAGAGGGUCCAGGCAAAGGGAGAGCAAGUGGUCUGAAGAGCUUUGCCAAAAAGAGCUUUGCUUGUAGUAGAUGAUCAGGACCAGCUCAGUCCCAAGCAGCUACGUGGCUGGUCCUCAGAGGUGCCCAGAGACACCAAGUUUAGGCCACACUGUAUAUGGAUUUUGGUUGAGCACCAGCUGACCUGUGCAGGGUGCUUUCCUGUAGAGCUGGGGUCAGACUCUGGGAUGACAGAGGGGAGCUCCCUGAGGGUUACUUCCAAGGGGCUGACUAGAUGGGACUUUCCCCCCAUCUUUUCUUUCUUUCUUUUUUUUAAAUUUUUAAUCGGUACCAGGGAUCGAACUCACAACUGUGUGCUUGCAAGGCAGGUGCUUAUGCCACUGAGCUAAAUCCCCAGCCCCUCCCCACAUCUUUUCUCUGCACCUUCAUCCCCACCAGCUCUGAACCUCUCCAGGCAUCCGUGGAAAGAUCUUUUAGGAAAGGAUUGUGUUCUAGGACAAUUUUAACCCCUGUGGCCCCAGAGGUAUGGGAAGUAAAGGGUAGUUUCAGUUUUGGCACCAAAGUUCUGAUUCCCAGUGUCUGUAACUAGCUCAUCCUGUUUCUGCCUCUGUUUCCUCCACUUUGGAAACAUCUCUUCCCCUUGCCCUGUGUGGCUGAUGGAACAGAUCUGAGGCUUGUGCUGUCAGGCAGGGCACCUCGUCUAGGCUUGGCUUCCUCUGCUGCAAUGUGGGGUACUUUGGUUCCCACAGUUGAUAUAGAGACUGGAGCUACCCUCCUCUAGAUCAUCAACCCAUCCUAGAGCUCUACGGGCUCUAGGAUGAAGACCAAUGGAAAGGACAAAGGACACAGGCAGGGUCAGGCACUCAGGUUUAUUGUGGGUUAGGCACAGCAAGGUUCCGCAGACACUGUCACUCCUCGUCAUGCAUUUUUUGCUGGGAGAGGAAUAAGAAGUAUGAGAGUUGGCAAGAAGAAUCCCUAGGGCUUUCAAGUCCUAAGUUUAGGAGAGGCCUUAGAAAGGAAGACAUUAGCUUCGGAGAUCUCGGGGUCCCAUGUUAGGGGUGUUCUGGCCCUGACCACUCACUCCUCACCCCCUUUCCCGUUUCCUGCCCCUGGCUUGGCACCUUUGUCAAGGUGUUAGCUUAGGGGACAGGGAUGGCCUUUAUGCAGAGGUUCCAGUCUGAGGGGGGCUCUUGUGAGCAGGAGGGUGGGUGGAGUCCCAGAUUGAGUGCUGUGGGACUUCAGGGCUGUCCAAGUAUAGUGUGAACGGUAGCUACUCUGAGGGACACGUGUCAGAGGGUAUGUUGACGUGCGGUGACUACUGGAGCCCAAGGGAGGCACCCACCUUGGCACCAAUGUCACGGCUCUUGGCCCUCAGCUUGUUGACUUGGGACUCAGCGAUGUCUGCCCGCUCCUCCGCCUCAUCCAGCUCAUGCUGCACCUUGCGGAACUUGGACAGGUUGGUGUUGGCCUGCUCCUCCUGCGGGCAGAGGGAGGAGGAGGUGAGAGGGGGUCUGCCCCUUAGCCUCAAGCCCGGAGCGCUGGCUCCCUUGGGCCCUUCCUACAGGCUUUGACCUCGGCAGGGUCACUCACCGCCUCCUCAGCCUGGCGCUUGUAGGCCUUGACCUUCAGCUGCAGCUUGUCUACCAGGUCCUGCAGCCGCAGCAGGUUCUUCUUAUCCUCCUCCGUCUGGGGCGGGGCGGGGGGGGGAGGGGAGUGCAUGAGACAAGGUGGUUUUGGGGGAGGAGCCAGAGAAACUGCCUUCCCCUCCCCCUCCAUGCCACGUCUCCUCAGGCCUCAGUUGCCCUCCUUCCAAUGGCUCAGGCCAAGGAGUGGUGAGCAAGAUUCCAUCUCUGAUGUCACUUGUAGGUGAAAUGGGGCAAGGCAGGCUUCUUUGUCGGGAAUUCACUAAGCAGUGAGAUCCUAAAGCUGGAAGUGGAGAGAGGAUCUCAGAACUAAAGAUUCCCUACUUUUCAGGUCUGUUCUGGCCUCAAGAGUUGUGGAUAGAGCUCCCUCCUGGUACAAUAUGAGGUACCAGAAGAGUCAUAGCGAGGAAGACAAAAAGAAGGGAUUAUCAUUGCUCAGAUUAUUCCAAUCUGUCAUAGCCCAGUACUCUAACUCACUGUACUGGGCCUGAGUCCAAGAACCAGGAUCCCUGGCUUUCAUGUCACUUGAUCACCAGAAUCUUCAUAUUGCUCUGUGCUCUACUUGUGUUCAUGCCAAGUUUUGGUUCUGUAUUUGUCAUCUCUGUCCUGUGCCUCUGGUGUCCACCUGUCAAGUGGAUGACACUUUUAUCUCCUCAGUUUUUCCUUCCCAUGACACUGUGAAGGGCAAGGCAGGCCUUUGACUUGGGAGAUGGAGGUCACGGACUAUCCUGAGAUCUUUUGUAGGCCUUGUCUUACUUGUCUCAGAACUUCCUUGGGAGAUCACCAUGACUUUUCCCACCAGCUGAUCUGGUUCCUAAACCACAUGUCCUCCCUUCCUGUCGGGUUGGUAGAAGGUGGAAACAUUCUUUGGACUACUUUAAAGCCUUCACAGUAGUACUUUGGUGAGUAUUACCAAUUUGAGGAAAUGCUGGGAAAUGAGAUUUCAGGAAGUAGAAUUAGAUUCUUCUGUGCUACAAAAAUCUAUGGACUUAAGCUGAAGGGACCCCAGAGAACGUGAAAGGGAAUUAAUCUUUGUACAGCAUCUCAAAGACAGGAGGGCUGCCUGGCAUUUCUGGAAGGUGGCUCAGCAGGGUAUCCCUUCAUGUGUUGGGAGGUACAGCUGGAGAGGUUGGGUACAUCUAUUCCCCAUCGCCCCCGCACCUGGUAGGUGAGCUCCUUUAUGCGACGCUCACUCUUCCUCAUGCCCUUGACUGAUUCCGCGUUGCGCUUCUGCUCAGCCUCCAGCUCGUUCUCCAGCUCCCGCACACGGGCCUCCAGCUUCUGCAGCUGCUUCUUGCCACCCUUGAGGGCGAUCUGCUCGGCCUCAUCCAGCCGGUGCUGCAGGUCCUUGAUGGUCUGCUCCAUGUUCUUCUUCAUGCGCUCCAGGUGGGCGCUCGUGUCCUGCUCCUUCUUCAGCUCCUCCGCCAUCAUGGCGGCCUGUUCACAGGAAACAUUAUAAAGGUCUUGAGUCUGGGCCCUGGGCUGCUUCUCUCUCAAGGACCUCUGCUCUCCAAUCUCUGGUGUUUUCUCCCCAGGCUCUCAAACCCACAGAACUACAGGGUCAGGUUAUCAUAAGAUCACAGUGGCCUGGCUCCGAGCAGGGCUACAUUUGAGUUUUUGGGGAAGGGAAGGCAGGAAGGUGGGCCUCACAUCCGUGAUGGCCUUCUUGGCCUUCUCCUCAGCGUUCCUGCACUCCUGCACUGCCUCUUCCACUUCAUUCUGGAGCUGGGUUAGGUCUGAUUCCAUCUUCUUCUUCUGGUUGAUGAGACUGGUGUUCUAGAUACGAAUAGAGAAAUCUAUCAAAUAUAUACUUUUACUUGAUUCAGUAUCUUUUUCUUUUCUUUUUUUAAACCCGUACCAGGGAUUGAACUCAUGACUGCCUGCUCACAAGGCAGGUGCUUAUGCCACUGAGCUAAAUCCCCAGCCCCUUCAGCAUCUUUUUCUAGAGAGGAUUAAAAGUGGCCAUUUAAAAAAGCCAAAGCUUUUUGCCUAUUCUCUUUUGUACCAGCUCUCCCUUUUCCUGUGAAGAUGGAUCUGUUCUAGACAUUAUAUGUAAAAUCUUACAGCUCUGGAGAAAAACCUCAAAUGGUAAAAGGUUUACAGUUCUAUCUUUGAGCAUUUUAGUAAAAAUGUUUACAUGAAAAUAUUCUAAAAAGAUAGAAAUAAUUUUUUUAACCAGGACAAUAUUCUGGAAAUGAUUAUAGCUAUAGACAGUGGUAAGCUAACAGGGUAUGAGUCAGUGGGUAGAGUUGUUUAGACACAUCUAAAUGAGGGAACCAGCUCCACAGAGGACUGCAGUCGAUGGGCACCAACAUUCACUGCAGAUCAUAACUGGAAACGGAGGAGGGCAGAAACGGUAUUCCCCCAGAGUUCAGCUGCAAGUGGAUACGGUUCUGUUUCUUUUAUCUCAUAAACUCCUGUCUUUAUAGAACAAGUCAGAAGACUGUGUUCUAGAUCAAAGCUACUGAAUAACGACUUUCUUCUAUUCCCAGAUCUGUGACUUUAGUAGCUAUCACCAGUCACACACGACAGCUCCCCACGAUCGCAGUUCUAGUAGCCAGUACUAACAGAUGAGGGCUGGCCCAAGAGAAGGAACAAUUUGUGAUCCUGGGUGGACACACUCAUUCAGAACAUCUGGUUUCCAUAGCUGUCCUGGCUCUGACGCUCAGCAGGUUCUCACAUGGUAGCUCCUGGCCCCCUCACCUGGGAGUGCAGCAGCUGCACCCGCUCACUGGUCUCGAUCAGCUCCUGCUCAGCCAGCUUUCGAGACCUCUCUGUCUGCUCCACCACAGCACGCAGCUCCUCCAGCUCAGCCUGCAGCAGAGUGUUGCGCCGCUCUACGAUGGCGAUGUUCUCCUUCAGGUCAUCAUUGGCCCGGACUGCGUCAUCCAGCUGGAUCUGGGUGUCCUGUGGAGAAUACAUGAUGAGAGAGGCCAGAACCUUGUACUCCUAGGAUCCCCAGUGGGGUCUGACAUGUCCUACAUCCAUCAACCUCCUGUCACCCAGAGGAAGAAGGGGCACAUCCCUCAUGUCUCUAGUCAGGGCACAAUGUCAAGGUUUCAAAUUCUUUCAAAUUCAGGACUUAUGCAGCUUCUCACAUUUGUUAGCCCAAGACUCUUCUGGUCUUUACCAUUUCCCUGGGGCACCUGUAAACUCUGAGUCACCUCCCUCCCUUUCUGAGAGCCUCAGCUUCUUCCUCCAUCUGCUGAUUACUUUGAGAUGUGCUUGGGCAAUCUUCAGGUGCUUCUGGGCUUCCGAUGCUGUCCUGUUGGCUUGGCUGAGCUGGAUCUCCAUCUCAUUGAGGUCGCCCUCCAUCUUCUUCUUCACCCGCAGCGCCUCAUUGCGGCUGCGCGUCUCUGCAUCCAGCGAGGUCUGCAGCGAGUCCACCACCCGCAGGUGGUUGCGUUUGGCCUGCUCCAUCUCCUCGUCCUUCUCUGCCAGCUUCCGCUCGAUCUCUGCCUUAAUCUGGUUGAACUCCAGCUGGGCGCGGAGGAUCUUGCCCUCCUCGUGCUCCAGGGAGGCCUGGGGGUGGGGUGGAGUGGAGGAAGAGUCAGGGCCAGGGCUUUGAGGGAGACAGAGGCCAAGAGGCUGCAGGCAUCAGCCAAGGCUGAGGUCUGGAGAAGAGCUAGGAAGAGAUGGGAGGCUGGCCCUGCACCCCGGGGUGCCAUGGGGGGAGGGAGUGCUACACUGUCUGAGCUUUCUGACUCCUGAGGCUGCCUCUGUGAAAGAGUUUGACUUCAUUACCAGAUAGAUACUUUUUUUUUUUUUUUUUGCCUUUUUCCUUUUUUAUCGGUACCGGGGAUCGAACUCACGACUGCCUGCUUGCAAGGCAGGUGCUUAUGCCGCUGAGCUAAAUCCCCAGCCCCUCCAGAUAGAUACUUGGUAGGAAUGUGGUAGAAAUUCCUAACCCACCUAAAAGAAUCAGAGAAAAGGGAGAGAUUUCUAAAUCCACAAAUCCAAAGCUCUCUUUGUUCUUUAUUUCCCUGGUCCCUCACCUUUUAUUUUUCAGACUUGGAAUUGAAUCCAGGGCCUUCACAGUUUAUUUUUUAAUUUGAGACAGCAUUUCAGUAAGUUGCCGACAAUGGGCCAAAACUUACAGUCCUCCUGCCUUAGCUUCCCAGAGUGCUGGGAUUGCAGGUGUGCACUACCAUGCCUAGCCUUGGGACUAUUCCUAGUUUCUUAAAAUGCACAGUAACAACAGCUAAUAUAUAUUAAGUGUUUGAGUGUAUAACUUCACUUAGUUGCACAUACAAUCUUGUAAGACAUGUACAUUAAUAACAUUUAAAGACACUGAUCCACAGAGAGGUUAAGGGCUUUGUCAAAUAACACACAGCAGAGUGCUGAUUCCAAAACCCAUGUCCUUCCUCACUGUCUGAGCAGUUGUUAUGAUGGCUUCAAGAAACCUAGCAAAAAACAAAACCUUGUGGCCUAAAAUCAGACUGUGGCAUUUUCCUUGUGCAGACUCUGACUUUGGGCAUCAUAAAAGAGCGGGAAGUAGUUUGACAACCUCGUAUUCCGCAGGUCAGGGUUGGUCCCAUGGGUAGGUGAGGUGGAAACAGCAGAGCCGAGUGGGGAGCAGGAGAGAGAUCCCGGCCCUCACCUCUGCCUCCUCCAAGGCUGACUGCAGCUCCAGCUUCUCCACCUCCAGCUGCUUGCGGAUCUUCUCCAGCUCAUGGACGUUCUUUCCUCCUUCUCCCAGCUGCUCAGUCAGGUCUGAGAUCUCCUCUGUGGGUCAGAGAGCAGGAAAGCUCAAACAUCUGAAUUACUCCCGGCUCCUCACGGGGGCACUGCCCCUCGGCCCCUCUGAGCCCGUGGGCCAGCUCACCCUGAAGGUUCUUGUUCUCCCGCUUGAAGGUCUCCAGGUGCUCCAGCGACUCCUCAUACGCGUUCUUGAGCUUGAAUAGCUCCGUGCUCAAGGAGCGCGCCUCUUUCUGGGAUGACUCCAGCUCUGACUGCGACUCCUCAUACUUCUGCUUCCACUCAGCCAGAAUCUGCAGGGGACACAGCUCAGUGUGCAGCCUAGGGGUCCCAGACCCCUCACCUGGGCUCAGUCCUUCUCCCCUGGCUGCCAGGAGGACAGCUCUGGUUUCACACUGACUGUCUCCCUAGUGCCCUCUGCCCAAUGCUGGCUGCCAUCCUGGCCCACUGCCUACCUUAUCGAAGUUCCUCUGCUUCUUGUCCAGGGCUGCGGCAGCGGCAUUGGAACGCUCCACGUCUACCAUCAGGUCCUCGAUCUCGUUCUGCAGCCGGUGCUUGGUCUUCUCCAGUGAUGAGCACUUGGCGUUGACGGCCUCCACGGCCUCCUCGGCAUCCUGUAGUCGCUGGGCCAGCUUCUUCCUGCCCAAGGGAAUGUGUAUGACUCUACUUGGGAACAGUGGGGCCCUGGGACCCUUCCUCCCCUGUACUGCCACUGAAGACUCAGCCCCUUUCUAUAGCUGCUAGGAUAAUGAAACCUCAGUUUCCAAGGAGCCAAGGCCGCUGGUGCCUAGAAUAGAGGUCACCAAAACAACUGCCUCCAGAUACACAGUGCAUCCAUCUGGUUGGCAGCACCUCCCAUUCCCACCCUAGGCUGAUCGAUGAGUGCUCCUCUGACCAACAAGCUUUUUGCUCGUCUUAUACGUGAGCAUUAGGUAUAACCCGGGCCAAAAGCUCGCCCGUCACAGGAAGUGGGUCAGGGCCAGCCAGAGUUUAUAGACUGUAGGAUCCAGGGUUUCUCUCCAGAACUUCUGUUCUCUAUUCUUCUAUCUCUCCCACUGUAGUCCUGUUUCCUAUAGCCACUCUGACUGUCCCCAUCCCUCAUCCUCUUGCUCCUUCCUCUCUGAGAAUCAGGAUGGGGACCUCCGGAGCUCACUUGGCCUCCUCCAACUCCUCGGUGCGCUGGAUGGCGUCCGUCUCAUACUUGGUCCUCCACUGGGCCACCUCUGAGUUGGCCUUGGACAGCACACGCUGCAGCUCAGCCUUGGCCUCCAUCUCCUCCUCAUACUGCUCCCGCAGCAGGUCACAGUCAUGCCGAGCUGACUGCAGUGCGUGGGCCAGGGCGUUCUUGGCCUGGAAAAAGGGAAGUACCAGGAGUUAGGAGGGAAUUCCUGUCUCUUGUUCUCAAACUCGCCUGCUCAAGCGAUCCUCCCUCUUCAGUCUCUGCAUGUCUGGGACCGCAGGUGUGCAUCACUGUGGUUGGUUUUCUUCCUGCAACAUUCUCUAGAUUCUUCUAUUUGUUUACUUCAAGGGAGCCCCAGCCUCAGCUUGUGAGCUGAGGUGAAACCUCAGUCUUUGGAUCCUUGGUGUACCCACCCCACUCCUUUACAAAUAAGAAACAUUAAGUGAUUCUGGCUGUUGCUUAGCUGGAAGACAGAAUCCUGACUGGAGGCCUUUCAGUUACAGGUCUGUUUCUGGAGUUGAGACUCACUUUCUGGGCUUCCAUCAAACCUGUCCACUGGCCCCCACUGAGCUUUACCUUGCCUUCCUCCUCCAGCUGCCUCUUGAGGUCCUCCAGCUGCUGAUUGUAGGACAGCUUGCCUCGGGUCAGCUGUGAAAUCAGUGCCUCUUUUUCCUCUAGUUGCCGGAUCAACUCUCCUAGAGCAGAAUAAAGGGUUUGUGACACACGCAAGGGGGCAGCCAAUGUCCUACUCAGGCCGGGGCAGGGCUCGCCAGGGCACUCACCGUUUUCGGUCUGCAGUUUGGCUCGCUGAGUGGUGAAGUCACUGAGGGAGCGCUGGGCCUCAUCUAGCUUCACACGGUACUCGUUGGCCUGGUCCUCCAGCGUCCGAGACAUUUUCUCCAGGUUUGCCUUUGGACAGCAGUGGACACAGGGAAGGUAAACGUGGGAAGGCCUGGCGUACACAGUGACCAGUUCCCCCAGAGAGAGGAAGGAAAUGAGGGUCAAGGGUGCAGGAGGGCGGUGACCCAGGCAUUGUGUGUGAGUGUGUGUGGGGUGGGGGGCUCUCAGUCUGAAGAAGGUUCUUGUAGAGGAGGAGGAAGGUGGGAAGACAGGUGUGGGUAAACAUCAGAGAGGGGCAGGAAGAGAAGACAGAAAGGAGGAAGGGAGUGAGAACCACAAGACAGGUGGCAGAGAGAGAAACAAAGGAAGGCAUGGCUGUGAGGAACAGAGGUGAGGCGAGGCCGACAGGGCCCACCUUGGCCUUGAUGAUCUGCUCCAUGUUGGAGGUGACAUCAUCCAGCUCCAGCUUGAACUCGCUCUUCUCCUUCUCCAGCUUCUGCUUGACCCGCUGCAAGUUGUCGAUCUGCUCGCUCAGCUCGGCCACGCUGUCCGCGUGCUUCUUGCGCAGCGCCGCCGCCGUGGCCUCGUGCUGCAGCGUGGCCUCCUCCAGGUCGCGCCGCAUCUUCUGGAACUCGGCCUCGCGCUUCUUGUUCAUCUCGAUCUGCACGGAAGUGGCCCCGCCGGCCUCCUCCAGCCUCUCGCUGAUCUCCUCCAGCUCUCGGGACAGGUCUGAGCGCAGCUUCUCGACCUUGGCGCGGGCAGUGCGCUCAGCCUCCAGCUCCUCCUCCAGCUCCUCGAUGCGGGCCUAGGCAGGGACACAGGGGCUCAGACUCGCGCUGGAUCCCUCCAUGGAAGCCCCUGACUCUGGACUCUAAAAUACUCUCAAGUACUCAAGUCCCUAUCAAGCAGCGGUUCUCAAAUAGGGUCAGUGUUGUGUCCCGGGAUUCCCCGGUUGACUAUGUCUGGGGAACUUUUAAAUUGGCAUAACUUGGAUGUGAGAGUGCUACUGGCAUCUAGUAAGUCAAGGCCAAAGGAUGCUGCUAGAUACCCUGUAACUGCUAGCUACCCUGCACUGGCCAUCAACAGGAAUUUGGUUAACAGCAAACUGUUGAGACUCAGCCUGAGCAUUUGCAGCCCUGAAUCCUGAGAGUCUAUGUUCUGAAGGGCGUCCUGAGAUCUUCUGGUAUCAUAACUGUCAGGGUCCACAGAUUUACCUGACUCUGCUCUGCUCACCAUAAGACAAGACAGUAGGUGCUUAAAUUUUUACAAAUAUUUGCAAUAAUAUGCUUAGUAAUUUCUUUGUUAAUCAUAAAGUUGAUCAUAGUUUUCUUUCUUCAGAAUUUACUUAUUUAUUCCCAGGGCUGAAUUCUAGCUUGACUGCUUCCUUCCAGGCCAAUAAAGGUGACCUCUCCUUUGUUAUGCCCCUA